AUGGAACUGCGUUGUCAGGUCCUCGACGACUCCCUGCAUGCAGGUGACCAUGCGUCUUCAGUUUUGUGCAGAGGUGUUGAUAGAAUGAGGAGAAUAAAGAGAUCUGAAAUUAGACAGGCAUAUCCUAUGCCGGCUAUAGUUCUCCCAAUUACGAGCAUGGCUGCUCCGCGAGUAGCGAACCUGCUGGAGAUUAUGAGCACUGACAAAGGCAAUUACCAUCUGACAUCUGUAAACGCUGGCAUGAUUGUGGUUACUGGUCUGUCUGUUGAGCAAGUGUGUUCGUUGCUGUCUACUGGGGUUGGAAUCCAGCUCGCUGGAUGCUGUUUAUUGGCUAGGCUUCUGUCGUUGUUCAGACUUGUCUAA